ACUCAAUCGAAAGAGCAAGAGGUCCAUGCCCAGAAGAAAGAAGGGCAAAGGUAGAGAGUAGAAGAAGACAGAAGAUGGGGGAGAAGUGAGAAGAAAGAAGACACAACCAAACCAGAACCAGACUCGGCGUGCCAUCUCGUACCCAUCAAACGUAGGCCGCUGCUACAAGGCAAAGGAACUGAACAUAACCAAACCAAAACCGACCAGUAGAAGUCGAGCUCUCGUGCGAGUAGGUUCAGUGUAGUGCUCCGUUCGCCCCACAACUUAAUCGGUCAGUGAUUGAGACAUCAUCGUACGUGUAUCAUUUCAUUUCCUCCUUUCAUCUAGACUCCCUAACCAUGCUAGUAGUUACUCAAUUUUCGUUGGCAAAUCAUCUUUUAGUAAUCUUGGCGACGCAUUUUUAGAUUCGAUUGUAGUCCGGUGUGUUUGUUUAUGGGCUUCGAUAGUGUUGUGCUUGUGAAAACAAUCGUUUGGCGUUGUCUUGUUUGCAUCCAGCUUCUGAAUUGAUGAGCCACGUGUGAGACCGUCGACCUGCCUCCGUGCUCUCAUGCUCCAAGGCCUUCAUACCACGUUAAGGUGAUGGUUGCGUGGCGGCCGGACGCGACUGUAGCGCUGCUAGCUGUGCAGCUGCUAACCACUGUUGUGAUGACAGUGGCAUCGGCUAAGGAGGACUCCAACAACCACCAGAACAGCAGCAGCUGUGAAGCAGUGCGUCUCAAGUGCAUCUACAACGCUGGCUGCUCGAUGGCGCUGCGCAACUACAUGUACGGCUGCUCGGCAGUGAUGAGCGCAGACCCGCCCUACCAGCACUGCCCCGAGCCGUGUCAGCUGUCGCUCAUCGCACUCACCUCCACCGAUGACGGGCGCCGGCUUAUGACGUGCCACUGCAAAGAGGACGACACGUACUGCAAGGCAUCGAAGGCGCGCAUCGAAGUGUGUCGUCCGGGCGUAGAGCAUGCGCACCUCAAGGAGACGACCGUGUCGUGCCAAGUCGCGCAGCAGAUCUGCGCGGCCGACACGCAGUGUCUGACGGCAUUCGAAUACUACCACAGCUAUUGUCGCAGCAUGUUCAUGGGCCGCAAGUGCUCCUACCGCUGCAAGAACAGCAUCUCCAUCCUGCGGCGUCAGCAGAAAGCGGCCAAGCUGGACACGUGCCUGUGUGACGGCCAGGACAAGGAGAGGCACGAGUGCCGCAAAGUCCGGACCAACAUGGACAAGUUGUGCUUUCGUAAAAGCCAUCAUCACAACUCGACAACGUCGACGUCGACCGAGCAGCCCAGUGCCAACGACGAGACCAAUGAUGUCGUCGCCGCUGCAGCUGCCGCCAAUGCGUCAACCGUCACUCAUUUAUCAGUCCAAGUCCUAUUGUUGUGUCUCCUAUUGACGAGGCUCUCACUAAACGGCUCGGCUUCGUGACACUUGUUAUUAGGAUAAAAGACUAUUGAAAAUUAUUAGUGAUAUCGACUUCCAAUUUUAGAUCUAAGAGGUCUCUUCUCUGUAAGUAAAGUAUCAACUACCUCAACCUGCCGAAAUGUGCAUUACUUUUGAUAUUCUUCGUUAUCCUAACUGUAAACCUAAGGGUUCCUCUCCUAGAAACCAAACAAAGAUUUCAUUUAAUUUACAUCUACAAUACUCAUUUUAGUACUAUACUUAGUUACCAAUAGAUUUGUUACUAUACUUUCUAGCAAUAUUAUUUUGCUGAUUUGUUUUCAAAAGAACUUCAGAUCUAUCUAAAUUAUGGAAUAUUAUUUCAUCCUUCAAGAAUAAUAUAACUUGUAUCAUUACAUGCAGAAUCAAUCAAUCGAAGUAAUACUCGAUUAAUGAUUUUCUAUGGAAACUUAUAAAAGUAAAAGCAUAUAAUAUGAUUAUGGAAUAAGUUUAAGACACGGUAUAUGAAAUAAUAACUACAAUUGAUAAAUGUGUCUAUCAUUGACAAUAACAUGUCUAGAGAAAAUGAGUCCUUAUUUGACCAUAAAAUAUGUAAUAAUUAUAUUCUCGUACUUUUAAUUUUAUACUCAUGGGAAUGUAAUCCUGAAUACUCGGAAACCUAGUUUUUGUGAUGCUUGAGUCUGAAGAAGUCUUAUUUACAAAUUAAGAAUAUUAUCUUUUGGAUUAAGUACCUAUAUUAUUUGUAUUUUGGUAUCAUAUUGGGACAGUGCAAAAUUGAACCUUCUAAUAAAAAUUGAGCUCGUCUCAAUUGAAUUUAAUCCCAUAUUGUAAUUAAUUUUGUACAAUUGAAAAGUAGAUGUUUAUUGUAUAGAAACUAUUUAUUUUAUUUGUAAAUAAUGAUAUUGUAAAUAUGUUCAAUUUUUAUGUAAAGUUUGUAGUACGUAAAAAUUAAGGUGUGGACUUAUCAUGUACAGGAAUAUUGUAAAUUUAUUAGGAAAGAAGAUGCGAUUGAUAAAGUUGGUCGAUGAAAUGUUGUACAAUCACUUGCCCAUAAUAGACUUGCCAAAGAUUCCCCAUCAGUGAGAAGACAAUACCUAUGAAAAAGCUUUCCAUUCUAUCAUCAUAACACAUCUAAUUAAUUACUCUUGUUCUUGUAAAUAAUAUUAUUGUAAUUUUACAAUUUAUUAUCAAAUCACGUUAAAUAAGUGUAUCAUUGUGAUUCGUGCUAGCAUGAUUCGUUUCCUACUUGGAUAAAAAUUAAAUGAUUGAAGCCCAAUAAUAUCUUGAUGACUUGAAAAAUGUUUGUAUCCCUAUGCUAGCUUAAUUGAAGUCAAAUUCUAAACGAAAGCAACUUUCAUGUCAAAAAUUUUUUAUCGAAUCUUUUGAAUUAUUUUCAAUCUUCAAAAAAAUGUACAACAUUGUGAUUUCAAUAUCAACGUUUGAAAAAUAACAAUUAAAAAAACAUUUUACACAAUUCAAA